AUGCCAUAUGAACUCACUGGCACCCACAGUACCCUCGCCAUAAUAACGCAUUGGGAACCACUGGCUGCGGAUCAAUCUUUGUCGAAGCAACAGCGCGAAUCCCAAGGCCCAGUCCGCAUCUAUGCUGCCGUAUACGGAAGAGGAAAGAAUGGCCUCAUAUCCAACAAACUUGCCGAGAGACUACGAAUCGUCGACGAUACACAACCCACAAAAGUCCCUCCUGUUGUCUGGAUCUCUUGGACGUUCGAAGGAUCUGACGAGAACCUCGAGACCAGUCAAGUUCACGUCGUUCCUGGACUCCAGCAGGACCUCGUUCUAGGAGACGAUACUGACGAACUCUGGCAAAGUGUUCACAUCAGUCCCCCAGAAGAACCAUUGCCUCGCGAGCUCAACUCUCGAGAAGACUUUGAGAGAAACGGUAUCUCGACUGUAAACGAACGGUCCAGAGCUAAGUUGAAAUACCUUAUCAGCCUUUAUAGCCCAAAGACUCAACCAAACAUCGCCGACCCCAACAUUGCUGACUCGGAGCCAGAAGAGAUUCAAAGGCCAUCAGAGGUCAGCUCCGAGUCUUUGCAUAGCUCAACACUUGAUAGCAUCAGCAACACUGGCUCAGGCGCCGACUGCUGGGUCAUGGACUUUGGUAAUAGUAUACAGGAUGCUUCUUCACCACAAGUCUCUUAUUUGGAUACCCCUGAUCAAACAUGCGGUGCCUACUACAACGCCGCUGCUCAUCUGGACCGAACUCACUCCGAACCUAGACACAAGGAUUAUGACGGAGGUUGUAGUGGAAGUGGAAUAUCACCCCUUGGUUCCGCGCCUUGUACUUUACGGUCGUAUUCUCCCAUCUCCAAUUGGUCUUUUAUAGAGAAAGACUCUGGAGCAAUGGGGGAACAAGAUGUACACCAGUGUCAACAUAGCGAUUUCGAAACGCACCCGGGCCAUCGCUUUUGGAUUUGGGAUCGUCAAAGGCAACUCUGGCGCCGAAGAGGGCGUGGCGGGCUGGAUGAGAGAGAUUGGUUCACCGAAUCGUUUCCUCAAUAA